AACCCACCCUGGCAGGUCAUAGUGUCCAACAGUAGCGGGUACGUCGUCGCCUACAGGGGCGUCGUGUUUGAGAUCAUCAACGAGCUCUCCAAGAACCUCAACUUUUCUUACACCGUGUAUUUCCCAAAUCCCAACAAACCCGGUUUGACGGGCGACACCGAGUUCUAUACCUCGAUGGCCGAUCAGGCGGUCGAACUGAACAACGAGUUUUCGCGGAACAUCUCGUGGGACAAGAUCCUGCUGAACGUACGCGACAACAAGGUGUUCAUGGGGGCGGGCGCGCUCUCGGUGACGGCCGAGCGCCAGCGGCUCGUCAACUUCACCCGGCUCAUCAGCAGGCAGCCGUACUGCAUGCUGGUGGUGCGGCCGCGCGAGCUGUCCAGGGCCAUGCUGUUCACGUCGCCCUUCACAACGGCGACCUGGCUGUGCAUCUUCCUGUCGGUCGCGGCCAUCGGCCCGGUGCUCAACUGGAUCCACCGCGCGUCGCCGUUCUACGAGUUCCGCGGCGACGUGCGGCGCCGCGGCGGCCUCAACUCGGUCACCAACUGCGCCUGGUACGCGUACGGCGCGCUGCUGCAGCAGGGCGGCGCCCACCUCCCGGACGCGGACAGCGGCCGCCUCGUCGUCGGCACGUGGUGGCUGGUGGUGCUGGUGCUCGUCACCACCUACUGCGGCAACCUGGUGGCCGCGCUCACCUUCCCCCGCCUCGAGAAGACCAUCGGCUCCACCGAGGACAUGAUCGCCCAGCGGGACCAGGUGUCCUGGGGCUUCUUCCGGGGGUCGCCGCUCAUCGACCACCUCAAGACGGCGAGCGAGCCCCAGUUCUCCCUCGUGCUGGAGCGGGGCCAGGUCCACGAGGACGAGGCGGACGCGCUGUCGCGGGUGCGCACCGGCACGCACGUCCUCAUCGACUGGCAGGUGAACCUGCUGCAGCUUAUGAAGAAGGACUUCAACGAGUGCGGCCGCUGCGACUUCUCCAUCGUGAAAGUGCAGGACUUUGUGGAGGAGAACGUGGCGAUGGUCAUGGCGCAGGACAACCCCUACCUGCCCAUCGUUAACCAGGAGAUCAGGCGGAUGCAGCAGGUGGGGCUGAUAGAGAAGUGGCUGCAGGACAACCUGCCCAAGAAGGACCGGUGCUGGAGCUCCUCGGUGGUGGAGGCCAACAACCACUCGGUCAACCUGGGCGACAUGCAGGGCUCCUUCUUCGUGCUCUUCUUUGGGUUCCUGCUCGCCGCCGGGCUCAUCCUGCUGGAGUGCGGCUGGCGGGGAUGGCACUCGGCCAAGGAGAAGAAGGUCAUCAAACCGUUCGUCACAUGAGAGGCGCGUCACCAUGAAGACGAGCGAGAAAACUUGUUUUUCUUUUUUGUUUUGUUUUUCUAUGCAAAACAAAGGAAAUGCCCGGGCGCCCGGUGACGUUUGCGCGGCAAAGUUUUGCUCCGGAAAUUUUCCACGCGACUGCGCGUCGCCGCUUCCUCGCGGGCAAGAGACAACGUGAUAUGGGCGCGGCUUUCCAAAAAUAUGUUCCAGUUUCAAACAUGUUUUAUUCGAAUUCAAAAUGCGAACAAGCAGAGUGACCCACACCAAAAGCGAUAAACGUUAACAAUAGCAUAAUUAUUGGUUCCCGGCGGGAACCAGCGUGACUAGUGGUCACAUUCACAUUCACAAUUUUAAAAUACAAAAUUAAAGAAUGCAAAAAAAAGGUCACGAAAAGGACUUAAUUUUGAAGGCAACGAAAGCGGUUUGACAUUUUUACACCAAUCCCUUUUUUUUGUAUAAAUUAUGAGGAUUUUCUUUGCGCUCAAAUCGGAUCAUAAAACCUUAGCAUUGAAAGAAGCUUGUUCAAAAACAAUUAAAUAAUCUCUGGUUUCACAUGGCACAGGAAAGAAUCAGUCAAAUGUAAAAAGUUAAUCAAAUAACACAAAAACUUCAGUCGUUGGGGCUGUAACAAGAUAUCAUAAUAAAGUCGUCCGAUGCAGCUUUACCUUUUCGCAACAUCGUUUUUCUUAUUUUAACACAAACAAUAUUU